AUGUUGAUACACGGUCUCGGAAGCCAUGCGCUUGGUUCCUGGAAAUCCCCGGACAGCGGCGACGUCUGGCUACGCGACUUCCUUCCCAAAGACGUGCCUAACAUCCGAGUGCUUCUCUACAGCCACGACACCAUACUGGCCAACAUCUGGUCGAAGCAGUCCAUCGAGGAUUUGGGUGCCACCUUCUUAGAACAAAUUGUUGCCUUUCGGGCGAAAGAUGGGACCUUUCGCCGUCCGAUUAUCUUUAUCGGCCAUAACCUCGGCGGCCUGCUGAUCAAAGAGGUGAGAUCCCGCCUCGUCCACAGCAAAACGGGCAGUUAG